AUGCUUGUUAUUCCCGUCUCUUCAGUUGCAAGUGAAUCUGCUUUCAGUACUGGAAAGCGAAUACUUGGUCAUUUCCGAAGUUCUUUAAAACCCCGAACUGUGGAAGCAUUGAUUCUCCUACAAAACUGGUUAAGGACACCGAUUGAUAUGGAUCCAUCUACAUUUGGAGCUGAAGAGAAGGAGGAUGACGUCUUAGAGUCAGGUCGGGGUGGUAGUGUCACUGGAGGUCGUGGUCGUGGUGGUGAAACUGGAGGUCGUGGUCAGGGUGGUGGAAAUGUUGGCGGUCGUGUUGGUGGUGUAACUGGAGGUCGUGGUGGUGGUGUAACUGGAGGUCGUGGUGGUGGUGUAACUGGAGGUCUUGGAGGCGGUGAAACUGGAGAUCGUGUUGGUGAAACUGAAGAUCGUGGUGGUGGUGGUGGUAUUUGUGUUUGGGGAAGAGGAAGAGGAACACCAACAGCAGCACCCAUAUCUUCGACUCCUUCUCCUCCUUCAAUUUCUGAAGUUUGUUCAUCUUCUGGAUCACCAAACGUGGAUUGA